AUGGCUGCUCCGACACCCCCCUCUGUCACCCUGGCCCAAGGUCAGGUAGUGGGCAUACAACUUGAAAAUCAGACUGUAGACUCCUUCCUGGGAAUCCCAUAUGCCCUUCCUCCCGUGGGAGACUUGCGCUUCAAACCCGCUGUUCCGGUUCCUCAAUCAACAGAUACGAUUGAUGCGUCCAAAUACGGCCCCGCAGCCCCAGGCAAAGCAUUACUUCCAGGCGGACCAAAGCUGGAACAAAGCGAAGACUGCUUGACUGCGAACGUGUUCCGACCUGCCGGAACUGAUGACGCAGCAAAACUCCCCGUGGCGAUCUACAUCCAUGGCGGCGCCUUCAAUCGCGGUGCGGCUGCGAUGCAUAACACUGCGUCUAUGGUGGCAUGGUCUGAAGAUCCCUUUAUCGCUGUAAGCUUUGGUUACCGUAUUGGAGCUCUGGGGUUUUUGCCUUCUACUUUGAGUCAGAAGGAGGGCCUUCUCAACCUCGGCUUGCGCGAUCAAGUGCUUCUGUUUCAGUGGGUGCACGAGAACAUUGAUAGAUUCGGUGGUGAUCCUGGAAAUAUUACUUUGUUUGGUCUUUCAGCGGGAGCUCACUCUAUCGGACACCAUCUCCUCAAUUAUGAUGAACAACACCCGCCCCUAUUCCACCGCGUCAUUCUAGAAUCCGGAUCACCAACUUCUCGAGCAGUUCGUCCCUACGAUGCGAAGAUUCAUGAGCAGCAAUUCCAGGACUUUCUUCGAGAAGUUGGCUGCCCGGACGAUCUUCCUCAAUCGAAAAUAUUCCCUUUUCUACGCUCGCUGCCAAGUAAGACAGUCACGGACGCUCAGACCGUCAUAUUCGACAAAUACAAUCCGUCGCUCCGAUGGGCCUUCCAGCCUGUGAUAGACGGAGACAUCAUCUCGCGCAAACCUCUGGACGCAUGGACUUCAGAGCUAUGGAACAAAGUGCCAAUCAUGACUGGCUUCAACAGCAACGAAGGAACGAUGUACGUGGAUAGGAAAAUGUCGCAGUCCUCCGAGUUCCGCAAGUUCUGGCACAACCUGCUCCCGGAACUAUCAGCAGCAGACCUAGGCACGAUUGAGAAACUAUAUCCCGAUCCGAGCACCGAUUCUACUUCGCCGUACACCGAAACCCGCAAUGGCCAAGGAGUGGGUCAGCAAUACAAACGCAUCGAGGCUGCAUACGGUCACUACGCCUACGUCGCUCCUGUCCGCCAGACUGCGCAGUUUGCCUCGGCACAAGGCGUGCCUGUUUACCUGUACCACUGGGCAUUGCCUAGAACACUGGUUGGGCGCGCAAACCACGGCGAUAAUAUGUACUAUGAGACCUACAACAGCGCCAUUACGGAGAUAUCAGAGUCGCAGAAGGAAUUGUCUGGAACUCUCCAUGCCUAUCUGACUAGCUUCAUUGCUAAAGGCGAUCCCAAUGCCUUGGAAGGUCGGUAUGCUCAACGACCUCGGUGGAAGCCUUACACGCCACAGGCGGAGAGUGUGAUGGUUUUCGGUGAGGACAACGAAGAACUAAUUGGUGGCGCGGUGGCUCCGGCUGCUAAGUUUGUAGAGGACAACUGGGCCAGACCUGAGACAGAAUUUUGGUGGUCGAAGGUCGAGAUUUCGCAGCUUGCAUGA